AUGGGGCACCUUCCUAUCUUUCUCUCGAAUGCACUCCUCUCUGCGCUUUCCAUCGCAAAUCUCGGCUUGAUCAGCUCCAUGGUCGGGUUUCUCCACGACCAAAAGGACAAUGUUGGAACCUACCGGGUGGAUUGGCCUGGCGAAACUGUGCAAUUGAAAGUACUACCGAAGCACCUCUGGGUCGACCAAGGCCACACGAGUAAUGGGGUUGCGGGAUAUGGAUUCUUCCUGGGCCUCUUCGGACUGUAUGUAGCCUGGAGGCAGCGCCGAAGGGAAGGCAGGAAUCCUUCGAAGACUCUUCUCACCCUUUCCAUUCUCCAGUUUCUUGCCGUGCUCUUCACCCUCUCCGCUAUCAUUUUUGUCUUCCUCGUCACCAACCAGACGAAGGGCCAGAGCAUCUCAGAAGACUUGGCGCGCUCAAAUGUCGAUUACUCUGCCGACAAAUGGACCCCGGAGACGUGGUUCAAGGCGGUGCUAGACCUCCCACUAGCGGACCAACAUCAGCACGACAAGAUCGACUCGAAAGUUACGAACAUGGUUGCGUGGCGAUGGAUGCUGAUCCCAAUAUUUCUAGUCGAUAUUCUGGCGUUCGGCAUUUCGACAAUAGAGAUGAUCAAGCAAAGAAAGGGUGCGAAAGAACCCGGAUACUCCCCCGAGAAGUAG